AUGCCACAUCUACUGCGUCAGAAUCUAUUGCUGCCCGCACCGCCCACCGUGACCCUGCACGAUCCACGGACUCAUCUGCGUCGCAUGCCACCCGCUUAUAGCACCGCCCAGACGCCCUUUAGUCGGGACAAGGAUUUUGCACCGCAGUUGCGUUAUCAGUUGGAGUUGCCACGCAAACCGAAGCUGCGACCCUGCAAGGUCAUCUUUGUGGGUGACUGUGCCGUGGGCAAAACAGCGAUCGUGAAUCGAUUUUGCUACGACAAGUUUCAGUCGAAUUAUAAGGCCACAAUUGGCGUCGAUUUUGAGCUGGAGAAUUUCAAUAUACUCGGUCACAACUUUAGUCUGGAGAUGUGGGACACGGCGGGUCAGGAGCGUUUCAAGUGCAUAGCGGGCGCCUAUUAUCGCAAUGCCAGUGUCAUUGUGGCCACCUAUGACAUGUCCAAGCGGGAGAGCCUUGAAUCCGCCAAGAGAUGGCUAUCCAAUGCCCUAAACUACAACACGACACAAAAUACUUUGAUAUUCCUAGUGGGCACAAAAGCAGAUCUGCUGACCAAGGAGGAGUUCAUGCGCAUGGAGCGUGUGGCGGGUGUGGCAGCCUCUGAGCUACAAGCUGAAUACUGGUCAGUUUCAGCGCGUUCUGGUUUCAAAAUUACCGAGUUCUUUCAACGUUUGGCCGCACUGGCUUUUGAGGCAGUAGUGCAGCAACAAUUGAAAGCAUUAAGCACAACAAUUACGCAACCAACGGCACAGACAACAGAAAAAUCGCACACAUUUGAUUUACGCAGCUAUUUUGGCAGUCGCUCUGGCAAACAAAAAAGUGGUUGUGCCUGCUGACAUGCGCUUAAGCUUAUAUAUUUUCCUAAUUUUAAUAAACUGCAUACCAAAUAAACAUUUUGAAAUUCAAAAA